AUGCCCAAAUCCCGACCAAAAAGGACCAUUGCGUCUUCCUCGUCAGUUUUUUAUGGAAGUUCACCUUUCCAAAAUGAUGGCUACAUCAAAGUAAUGGAACUCGUAUCACACAUUGUCAUUGAAAUAAAUCAUUCACCUACCGCAACAACGGAUGAAACGAGAAAGCAGAAUAAUCCGGAGCUGAAAGUGAAAGAACCAGUUUGUAACCUCAAGAAGUGGGAAAAUAACACUAACUUUAUAUUGGAAGAUCAUACGAAGAAUAAAACAAAACUUUCUAGCACAGAUAGGAUACGUAAGUGGUUUAGAAGACAUAUAUUAAAGGAAGAGAUCGAAAUCCUUUCCCAUGGAAAACAAUUGAGUAGUAUUGAUGAGGAUUAUUGCCCUUCAAAUGUUCUUGUAGGAUGUUCAAGAGAUCUAAAUAAACUCAGAUCAUUUCAAAAUUUUUAG